AUGGGAAAUACACGGAAAUACCUUUAUUCUCUCUGGACUCAAACAAAAGCCUCUGCUCUCAGGUUGGUUUGUCAAAGAGGCUGUGGCGCAGUAAGUGGGUCGCUGGUUCCCGUUCCCACUGCAGUCAGCAUGUCGUUGUGUCUCUGGGCAAGAAACUUCACCACAAAUACCUCCUGUGGGGAUUGCCCACAAUAUUGAGUGUAUGUAAGUCGCUUUGGAUAAAAGUCAUUUACAUGUGACAGGCUAACAAGAAAAAUGGCUUCAGGUCCAAGUUCAGUUCUCACCAUCGUCCUACUUGGAAACUCAGGUGUUGGCAAAAGUGCUUCAGGAAACACCAUCCUUGGACGAACAGCAUUUGUGUCAAAACGAUCCUUCACCUCAGUGACAAAAAAACACUCUACACAAACUGACAGCGUGUUUGGGAAACAGAUCUCAGUGGUCGACACUCCAGGAAUAUUAGGAUCAGAGAAGGAGGUUAGAAACUUGUGUCAACAUCUCCUGGAUUCCAAGGAACCUUGUUUGUUCCUGGUAGUGGUUAAAAUAGAUCGAUUCACCAUUGAGCAGAAGAAUGCGAUGGAGGCAGCUAUCAGAGUCAUUGGUGAUGAGGGGUUUGAGUACUGUUACCUGCUCUUCACAUCAGGGGACACCUUAAAUGACAUGAAGUUGGAUGAUUUCAUCAAUGAUGAUCCAGAGAGUCCUCUUCCAGCACUUGUGAAAAGAUUUGAAAAGAGAUAUCAUGUCUUCAACAAUGAAAAUGGUGGACCGGAUCAAGUCCGUCAACUGCUAGAGAAGUCCAAUCACCUCAGUGAUGUGGUGUCCAAUCCUCUGGGUCCUCCGAGGAGGAUGGUGUUGUUCGGUCUACCUGGAUAUGGAAAAAGUGCAUCAGGAAACACCAUCCUGGGAUCCAAUCGCUUCGAAUCAGGCUGUGGCUUUAAAGGAGUAAGUAAAGAAGCUGUUGUUGAAACGGCUACAGUGGAGGGUCGUCAGGUCACAGUGGUCGACACUCCAGGAUUCACUGAUAAAAAUCCUGAACACCUUUUAAGGGAGAUCAUGAUGUCAGUAGAAAAGGCUGAUCCAGGACCACAUGCCCUCAUCAUUGCGGUGAGGAUAAACAGGAUCUCUGAAGCAGAAAUUAGAUUGUGUAAGAUGCUGCCAACACUCUUUGGCACAGGUGCUCGUAAACAUAUGAUGCUCCUUUUCACUCACGGAGAUGACCUCAAAGGCAAGUCCAUUGAAGACUUGAUCAAGGCUGACAAAUAUGUGUCUGACCUAGUAACCAUGUGUGCAGGUAGAUACAGUGUGUUUGACAACACAAAGAUUGGAAACAGGGUGCAGGUUAAACAUCUUCUGGAAAAAGUGGAUGAGAUGGUAACGGCUAAUAAUGGAAAAUGCUUUAUCUCUGAGAUAUCCACACAGGUUCAAACUGCAUCAGCAGAAGGGUCCAGAGCAGGCCUCAUAACAGAAUACAUUUCUAAAAAAUGUUCUGAAUUUCUGCAAUGGUUUAUAAGGAUGCUCCAAACAUUGGACCAGGCUCGCAGAACGCAUACUAAUAGAACACAUCAAAUGGUGUAGUUCAUUGUGGAUGGUGGUAAUGGGGAAGCUUCAGGCUUAGGUGCAGUGUGUGACGAGGUUUCCCUGCCUGUUUCCUGAACACAUUUAUACGACAAAAUGGAUUCACUUAAUAUUUUUGAAAAGACAUCCACUUGAUUUCUUCGUUAUGAACAGGGAGAGUUUUUCUUUCAGUUAGUAAUAUGUUAUGGUACCUCAAUGACUGUUGGGGAAAUGAAAGGACAGACAAAGGCUUUUAAUUAGAAACCAAAACACGUUGGUGCUCAUGUUUUAUAAUGAAAAUGAACAAGUCAUGUAACAUGCUUCAAGUCACCAUUGAAUUUGUUUGUAUUAAACCAUAAAGAUCCAACUGUUUCUGAUCCUGAACCAGAGAAACUAAGUUGUGUUUUGCGGAUACUUUGUUACAUUUUCUGUUGACAGGAAAGCUAAUGCUGUAUAUUUCCAUUAAACAUAAGUAUGAUGUAAAUGAACACAAUACAGGACACUUUGUUAUAGAUUUCAAGUUAUUUUCUUUCAGUUUUAAAACAGUUUAUUUGUUGAUGUUCAAUACCAGUGGGAUUUGUUAUAGGUCAAUCUCUGACUCUCACUUUUAAUCUAAAUUUGAUGACAUUUCUACAUGAAUGUAUUUUAGCAUAAAGGUUUUGUUUUUACUCCUGUCUAAGCAUUAUGUCAGGUUUAAUGUGUGAUGAUAUAAUCGGAAUAUAAUGUCAGAUAUUUUAUUAUUGGAUGGAUAGAUGUAAUAAACACAACUUCUCAAAUAAAACACAAGGUUUAAAUGAAAUGUUAAAAAUGAUUCUUAUCACUGUUACCUAAAAUGUAUUUGAUUUGAUUUGAUUUUCCAUCAAUAAACAUAUACCUGUA